GUGUCAUAGUUUGUCAACACCGGAACACUUGAACACGGUUCGCAAUAUAAUAAAAAACAGUUAGCAUACAUGUAAAUACAAUGCGACAAGAUCAGUUUCUGAUAAUUCUCAAGCUGGCCAUACAAAAUGGUCGAAAGCACAGGCAUCACAUGACGUCCGAAGAAGGGGCCAGAGCUGUUAUAUAAUCAGGGGCUAAUCCAGAACGGGACCCGAAUGUAACAAUGAAGGUGGAUGAAAUGACCUGCGGCCAUCGUUGGCCCCGCGAGGCUCAAACAGUCACAGCCUCGAGCUGCCACUCGCUUGGAGAGGAUGCAGGGGUUGUCGUUAUAAACCUAUGAUCCCCCCCUAGACCUCUCUUAUCUGCUUCAAAAUUUUCUUUGCCCUUCCCAAGUGAACAGGCCCAACGCGCCAACUUCCAAUUGUUCCUGGUCGCGGUUCCUGAAUGCGGAGUUGCCAAGUUUCCUAAUCCGGUCAUCCAUUUGAGUCCGGAUAUUUACCGUCAUUCGUCAUUCUUAAUUUCCUGCCUGUUAGUGACAUUGUACUAUUCCCUGGCGACCAUAUAGAGAGCGAUUUGGACAGAAUGGCAGAAGAGACACAGGUGCUUUCUAUCCAGCAACGGAUCGCCGCCCUGAAUCAGGCGCAGGCUGGACAAAGCCCCCCGGCAGCGUCGCCGUUACUCGGGGCGCAACCAACCCCUUUCGCAUCGCGUCCUGCCCCUUCGCGACAGCAAACGAUCAAUAAUCCUCCAGUCAAUUCUCAUGGCUUUCCCGGUGAUAGUUCACCGGAUAGAAACGAGUCAACGGGGGCCCAACAAAAACCUGUGCCCAGGCCACCACCAACACCUGUCCAGAAACCAAGGGCCCCUCCACCGCUGCCGGUUCGAAAAGCGUCAACCGAAUCGGCACCAGCGCUACCACCGCGAAGACCGUCAGGGUUCUCUCGAAAGGAAUCCAGGGAGUCCCUAGGCUCGGAUGUCUCCCAUUCAACCUCUACGAGUGCGGGAAGGGCUACAAUAGCAUCGACUACAUCUAAUAACUCGGAUACCAUUCGCAGCGUACGUGCACCUGCCUGGGGUGCAAAGUUACCUCCAUUGCCGCCGAAAAAGCAAGAGACGAAGACUGUUCAGCCACCCUCACGGCCGAGGCCGUCGCCCGCAAACAGCAGCAGAAGCCUCUCGCAGGGUCGUCCCGCACUACCCCCUCGGCGGGAGUCGACCAACAGCACAUCAACUAACGGGGGCCGCUCUACGUCUCGGCCUCCACCACCAUUACCUUCUAGGAUAAAUAGCGAUAAGUCACCCGGACCAAGUGCGGAUAUCGAUGGCAAGCCAUCAAUGAGAAAACUGCCUCCGCCGCCCCCUUCGAGUGCUGCCCUGGAGAAGAUUCAAAGUUCAGGGCUUGUAGGGAUAAAUCGGAACACUGAGAGCUCCGGGCAAGGGAUGAAUAGUGGUGUACAAGAAGCGCAGCCGAACGGGGUGCCACCUCCGGUUCCCAGAGCGACACGUCCAGAUGUCGAUCUCGCCAAACUUCAGGCGACUAAACCUCGCCUUUGUAAAACCGCGCAUUCAGCUACGGCACUGAGCACUAUGUGCUUGAAGUGUCGUGAUUUCUCGGCGCCUGAUGCCCACGCAGCGCGAUAUCCUCGCGAAUCUCUGCCAUCUUACGAUCUGGCAUGGCUGGCAACGGAACUGACAGCGCCGUUUCCUUCGCCCACUGAUAAAGCGAGAGCUUUGUUCACUUGGUUCCAUCACAAUAUAGAAUACGAUGUGCAUUCCUUCUUUAACAAAUGUGUAAAACCUUCCACGCCAGCCGGGACUCUAGCGUCAGGACUGGCGGUGUGUGAGGGAUACGCCAGCCUGUUUGCCGCUCUGGCAACUCACGCUGGGCUCGAGGCAGUAGUAGUCGCUGGUCACGGUAAGGGAUACGGCUAUGAUGCUCCUGCCCCGGGCUCCCCUAUACCCCCUGUCUCGGCAACCGGACAUGCGUGGAGUGCAGUGAGAAUUGAUAAUGGACAGUGGAAGCUAUUGGACGCUUGUUGGGGUGCGGGUGUAGUUCAGGGCCCUGGUCGCCCUUACAAGAAGCAUUUCAGCCCUGCCAUGUUCACCGACUCGAAUGACGAGUUCGGGCUCCGACAUUUCCCUUCCAACCGAUCUCACUUCUUCCGGGAUGAUGGCCGGCCCGAGAUCUCUUGGGAGGAGUACAUCUUGGGCAACCCGAACUCACCAUUGAGCGCCGAGCAGCCGACGAUCUUUGGUGACGCAAAAAAUCACAGCAUAGGUGAACGGUCAUUCCGUCCGGCGGCCAAGCAAAUCUCUAUCCAUGACCCCAGCCCGCUCCGGUUCCAGUUCAAUCUCAUCUGCGAACACUGGACCCUGGAGCAUCACACCCGAGCCAAGCCUGGGCUUUUCUUGCUGAUGGUUCACGGCCUCGACGGUCGGCAAGAGGACCGUCUGCCCUUCACCCAUGUCCGGGGCUCGGGACCGGGGGGAGGUGGGGACUUCUGGUAUGUCGAUGUACCGAAUGCCAAGAUGCUGGGCGCACCCGGCCAGAAGCUAGCCAUCGCCGUACUUACCAGCUUCGGGGAUCGAAAGGACGCACGGGGCGUCACCGCGGAAGAAUAUCGGCAGCAAGUCGGUCGGGUAGGCAUGGCGUGGGCUUACAUUGCGGAGUGGCAGCUGGUGUGAUUUAGCGUGCAGCCCUAACGGUCUUGCGGGCUUGAAAUUAGGCGCCGCUUGGCUUCUCUCAUGGCGACGUCCCUAUUGGUUCUGAAUUUCCCUAAUACCCGAUCCCUCAUACUUGAAGCUUCUUCCGCAACAGCAGGGAUCAUGAUAUUUGCUUAGCAUAAGACACACUAAUGAUAAUGAAUGAUGCUUCUUCCGUAAUCCCGAACGAAGCAUGAAUCCAGGAGGGAAUCCGACUAUCACCCCGUAGCAAGAUGCACUAGAAAUGAACGGCAUAUCACACUGUAAUGACCAUGUGCUCUGUGAUCGAGUACAUCUCCAGAGCCUCCUCGUGGAACAAACCGAAUUAGGGCACUGAACGGGAAAACAUGAAAACCACACUAACCCUACGGACGGCAGUACCAAGGCUAAAUAGCCAUGGAUUGAUUCUUUACGUUGACCCAGGACCCCAGUUAUUAGUCAAGGCUGAAUCAGGCAUUA